AUGGCGGUCGAGGAGAUGGGCGGCGUCGUGCUGCGCCUCCCGGCGUCGUGGCCCAGACCCCUCGACGUUAUCGAGGCAUUGGAACAGGUCGGAGGCGACUACGAGUUCAUCAUGAGUCUCAUGCAUGACGAGUUCUUCCACAGCGCCAAGGAGAAGACGGCGAGGUGCGCGGACGCCGCGGAGCGCUCGCUCGCCAACCCCGGCGCCCACGAGAAGGAAUCCAUGAAGCUCAUCGCAUUCGAAGCUCACGCCAUGAAGGGCAGUGCGCUCACGCUCUGCGCCAAGGCGGUCGGCGCGCAGUGCGCGCGUCUGGAGCUCGUCGCCAACGGUCGGUGCCCGGAUCCGAGCCCCACCGGCGAGGACGACCCGCACCGGUUGGUCCAGGACAUCGGCGCCAAGCUCGACCAGCUCUUUGCUCACGUCGCCGAGAUUGAACGCGUCGACUCGUUCCCGUUGGCCGAAGCCGCGGAGAAAUUCUCGGACGCCAAGGAGCUCGCGCCGCGCGUCGCGAACCUCGCCGUGGACGCGUGCGUCGCGUUCCAGGCGGCGCUGGCCGGCGACGCCGACGCAUCCGAUCUCUGCGCGGACGCCGCCAAAAAAGCGGACGCCCUCGGCGCCGUUCGAUUAUCGUCGGCGGCGACGGAGACUUCGGCUAUCCUGCGCGCCAGCGGCGGGCCGCUCGUUCCCGCGGAGGACGUUCAGGUGGCGGAGUUGCUCGGCGAGUACCAGUUCGCGGUCGAGUCGUUCGCGUGGGACGCGUGGCAGGUGCUCGGCGCGUCCCUGCCGGACGUCGAGGCGCGUCUCCGGAGGUCCUCCGGCGAUCCGGAACGUCCGAGAGCGCUGGACCGCGUCGAGUACGCGAUGGUUCGACCAAGCUCCGAGGCGCUCGAGCGCGAACGAGUCGCGGUGAUCGCCAAGAAGCUCGCCGCGCGGGCGGCCACCGGUGCCCAUCAUCGCGGUGGGGACGGCGGCGGCGGGGACAGGGACAGGGACAGGCGGUCGUCGAUGGAGAUGUCGCACUCGGCGGGGGCGUUUGGCGUCGCGCGAAGCGGCAACCCGUGCGAUUUCAUCCGCUUAGUUCGGAACCUCGGCGAAGAUAACCAGUUCGCGUUCGGCAUGCUCCGAGGGUUCGUCGACGAGGUGGACGCGUUCUGCCGUGCGAUCAAGUCGAGAGACGACGGCGGGGACGAUUUCGUGUGUUUGUUGCCCGACGAGCGCGCCUCCGCGGGGCGACUCGCGGAGACGGCGGAUUUUUUAUCGUCGCAGAACCUCGGCGACGCGCUCGCGUCUCUGACGCGUCUGUGCGGUGGGUCCGACGCGAGGACGCGAGGGUGGGGCGGGGACGCGUUGAGGCGGUGCGUCGAGCGCGUGGAGGACGCGGGGUUCGAGCUGAGGAGCUUCUCGGAGGGCCUCGCGAGGGCGCAGAUGGCGACGUCGACCGGAUCUGCGAGUCACACGCCCAGGGAGUCUCGAAGAAGCCGAAUCGUCUCGCGCGUCUCGCGGGACGACGACGAAACGUGCGGAGUGGAAGCGACACACGCGCAGACGGACCGGGCUUCCCCGAAGUCUUCUCUAACCCUGAAGGAGAAGGAGGUCGAGGGCGGUGACUCGCCGGGUGGUGACUCACCGGGUGGUGACUCACCGGGCGGCGACGCGGAUCAGCGCAGGCACUCCGAACCGCACGUCCUCUCGAGCCCGGUUCACCGAACCCCGCGACGGUCGGACGGCGCCGUGGACAGCGCGUGGUUCAACGCCAAGUACGGCGGAGACGUCGGCGAGCGGCUGAGGGAGGCGAGCUGGGUGCUUCAGCAGCGACGGUCGUCGAGGGUUUCCAAGAGCUCCGCGUCAACCGCGAAUUCGCUCAGAUCUUCGCUGGAAAUCGUCAGGGAGAGCGAGGAGACGCGGGGCACCGCCGCGGCGAUCGCCAACCUCGCGCCCAGGGAGCUUCGCGAGGUGCUCUCGCGCCUCAAUGUGCCCGACAAGGCGGCGGAGGGUCUCAUCGUCGACCUGGGCGAGGCGCUGACAAACUCUGACGGCAACUGGGAUUUCGUGUUGGGAUGCGUCACGCGGUACGCUUCGCUCGCGAGGGAACAGUUCGAGGUUCUCAAGAUGCUCCUCAGCCCGCGGCGCUGCGAGUCCAAGCCGCCGGAGCGGGUCAUCACCGAGGCGCUGCUGGCCAGCGCGCGGUCCAUCGCCGAGGGUGCGAGCGUGUGUUGCGCUCCCCCGCUCUUUGCCGCGUUUGAGCGAAUGGAAAACGUCCUUGUCGCGGCGAGGAAGGACGGCGCGAACGAUCGAUGGCACGAACGCGUCGCGCACGCCAUCGCCGCCUCGGAGCACAAGCUCGCCGCGUACGAAACGUGCGUCAGGUCCCUCUUCGACGUCAGGACCUUCUCCCCGCGCGACUUGGUGACAAAGACGUGCCGCGGCGACCUGGCGUCGUCGGUGGACAGGUUGCGUACAUUUCUGAGGGGCGCUUACGGCGCGCACGUGCUCGCGGCGGACGCCUUCGCCGCCGCCGCCGAGGCGCACGCGUCCGCGCGCCCCGAGGAUAAGGCGGACGCGGUGGUCGCGAAGCUCGUGCAGGCGAAGGCGGCGCUGAGCGCGUCGGAGCGGCGCGCGGCGGGCGUCGGCGCGAGGGGUUCCGUUCUCGGCGCCAUUUGGCGAGCCGUCGCGAGGAUCGACCUCGUCGCUCGCGACUUUGGCGCGUCCCACGAGUCCCUCGCGUCCGCGGCGAGGGACGACGCGAGGCACGAGGAGGACUCCACGGCGUGGGCCGCACCUCCCCCGCCUGGUUCGUCUCCGGCGCCCACGUACGGUAAAGUCACGUUCUCGGCGGAUCGGUUCAGGGCCGACGCGGUGGCUGGACUCUUGGACCUCAAAUCCCAGAUCGAGCGAGUGGCGAGGGACCUUCACAAGAUCGCGCCGCGGGAUAUGCCGGGGGAUCCGACCGCCAACCCGGACGCGUACCUGAGGGCGUCGCACGACGACGUCGAACGCGUCGGACGAAGACGGACCGUCGCGUUUAAGAACGCGACGUAUCCGCCCAAGAGGGCCAUGGACGGGGCUUUGGAUACCGCGGAUCCGUUUGAGGAAGGGACGGGUUUCAACGAGUUCGACGCGGGGGUGAAGAGGGUGAGCGCCGCGCUGGUGGACGGGCUGUGGAUCCGCGCGUUCAUCGGGUUCUUCAUCACCUUCGCGACGUUUCGACUGGCGAUGAAGUUUAGCACCAUGGAUUUGGCCCCGGCGUAG